AUGACGCUACUUGUGUACAAGCAAGUUGAAGCGUUGAAGGACUACGAGAAGGAAGCUGCGAAUUUGCAGCGCGAGAACAAAGACCUUCGCUUCAGAUUGGCUGAGUGGGAAGGCAGAUCAGUGCCUGGGAGAGUAAGCGAAAGAGAAAACGGUCCGGAUCGUGCAGCAGGUGCCGGGUCAGGGCCGCAUCUUUCGACGAGUGUCAACCGAGAGGCGUGGGGUGGUGACAUUGACAACGAUUUGGGACGUGGUUCCCAGUCGUUGGGCUUGGCAGCAGUGGUUCCAACUCCGUCUCCAUCACAGAUGAGAAGCAGUGGUGGUGGCGGUAUUUCUGCCCAGCCAUCGCAUGAAGAGGAUGAGCUUGCAAAAGUUCAGUUUGCAGCUCGGGAGGCUGCUGUUUUCGUUGAUGCUGACGCAUUGAAGCGGCAGCUCAAGCAGAACCUGAGCAAAGAGACAUAUGAUGUGUCCAUGUACUACAAGGAGACUGGAGUGUGGCAGAGGAUGGCUCGCUCCAGCUGCUUUGAGCACCUGACCCUGCUGAUGAUAGCUCUCAACUCCGUCUGGAUUUGGAUUGACACAGACAACAACGAUGCCAACACGCUGCUUGAUGCGGAGCCUGUCUUCGUCGUGGUUGAAAACGUCUUUUGCGUGUAUUUCUUUUCAGAGCUGUUGAUUCGGUUUGCGGCCUUCCGGGUGAAGAGAAAUUGCCUUCGAGAUGGUUGGUUCGUAUUUGACUCAAUCCUGGUCGCGCUUAUGGUUUUCGAAACAUGGCUUCUCACUAUAGCAGUCGCUGCGAUGGGCUCCGGAGCCAUGAGCAGCCCGGGUUUCCUACGAGUGCUGCGCCUUUUCCGACUGACGCGUAUGGCACGCAUGGCACGACUUCUACGAGCCUGUCCAGAGCUUUUCGUAAUGCUCAAGGCCAUCGGCGUGGCGCUGCGGUCUGUGAUGUUUGCUCUGUUGCUUCUCCUCGGCGUGGUUUACGUUUUUGCUAUUUUCUUCACACAGCUCCUGGAUGGCAAGAACAUGGACCCGGGCACCAUACAACGCGACCAAUUCGGAUCUGUAGCUGAGUCUAUGAACACCCUGCUUCUUAGCGGGGCCUUGCCGGACCAAGCAGAUUUGGUCAACCAGCUCCGGGGCCUUCCAGAGUUCGGCGGAAUCUAUUACUUCAUGAUUCUGACAUAUCUCUUGCUGGCGUCGCUGACAGUCAUGAACAUGCUUAUCGGUAUUCUCUGUGAAGUCAUCAGCGUUGUGUCUCAUGUGGAGAGCGAGGAAAUGAAGCUUAGCGCCGUCAAGUUUUCCCUGCAGCGCAUCUUAGAGGAGACCGAAGCGGAUGAAGAUGGUGACAAGAAGCUGAAUCGCGCUGAGCUGGAGAUGCUACUCAAAAACCCUAAAGCCGUGCGCACGCUGGCGGAUGUGGGAGUGGACUUGCUGGCUUUGGUUGAUUUGAUGGACUUCAUCUUCGAGCAGAAUGAGGACCUCACUUUCCCCGAGUUCAUGGACAUUGUCUUGGACUUGAGAGGAGACAAUGCAGCAACAGUAAAGGAUAUAGUCGACCUCAGACGAUUUGUGAGUUCACAGACAAAGAAGGUCGAGAGGAUUUACAAGGAGGCUUUCAGAUCACCUUCGAUAAUGAAACCGCCCUCGGUGCCAACUCCCACGCUCGCAGAAAUUGGAACCAAGACAUGCUGA